AUGAAGUCAUUGUUGAAACGGUCCUUGAAUGUAAAAACAGCAGCAGCAACAAAAAUCCAGUCCAAUUAUUCUUCAUCCAACGUUCAACAAGUAACAUUUCAAGUCAUUAAUACAUUUUCCACAACUCAUCAUGUUGGGCCAUAUCAGCAAAUAUCAUUCCGAUGCUUUUCAACCAUGAUGAAUACGACUCGUAAAAAAUCAUCAGGAAAGAAGGGAGGUAAUGAUGACAGCGAUGAUGAUGGUGAAGAUAUAUUUGAUAAAUUGAAGAAGCUAGGAUUUUUGGGUCAAGGCUCUCCCGAAGUAAAAAAACAUUUGGAAAGUAUGAUGGAUUUCAUGCUCAAGCCUGGCACAUCCAUGCCAUCAUCCGAGAGCUCAAAUGCAUUAAAAUCCAGCUCAUCAUCCAAGCAAAAAGAGGAACAAUCAAAACCUUUAAAUACAUUUCUUGAGGACGAAGAAAAAUUAAUAGAGAGUUUUAAUAGAGUUGUUUUUGAGGCUUAUAAAUUGCAUCGAAAUAGCUUUGAAUCACAAUUGACACCAGAGCAAAUUGUGAAAUGUUUAGAUAAACACAUAGUAGGGCAAAAAGAUGCCAAGAGAGCAGUGGCAAUUGCUCUAAGAAAUAGAUUUAGAAGAAAGACAUUGAUUGAAUGGUACAAGGACAAGAGUGGGCAAAAAACAACUUUGGACCCCAGUGAAAUUAUUCCAAAGAAUAUUUUAAUGAUUGGCCCAACAGGUUGUGGAAAAACAGAAAUUGCACGCCGAAUUUCCAAACUUGUUUCAGCUCCUUUUUUAAAAGUGGAAGCCACCAAAUAUACUGAGCUUGGUUAUCAUGGUAGAGAUGUGGAUACCAUUGCUCGAGAUUUAAUUGACGUUUCCAUCAACAUGCUGAAAAAUAGCCUCUCUGAACUGUUCAAAAGCUUUUUAAACACUCCAUUACCGGAUGAGGAGGCAGAUCCUGGCACAGUACUGUUUCAUUCCUACUUACAACAAUUAAUAGAAAAUAGAUUAAUUCAUAUCAUGUUUGGUUCCGAAAGCAUUGGAAAUAUACGAGAAGCUACACUGAGAGACUAUUUAAACAUGUUAAGAAAUGGAGAGUUAGAUGAUCGCCAUGUUGAAAUUGAGGUUCCAGUUGCGUCUAAAAGCGCACCUGGAAUGUCUGUCCUGGGGAACAUUUUUGAUUCGGUCAAGAACAAUUUUACACCAGAAAACUCCAAGUUUAAAAUACCAGAUAUUGCAGAAUUGAGUAAUCAUCAGACACCAUUUGAAACCAUGUUACAGGAGUCGCAGGCACCCACCAGUUUUAAAAAGGUGAAAAUGACAGUCAAAGAGGCCAAGUUAAAGCUUGCAGAGCUAGAGUUAGAAAAAUUGGUAAACGGCCCAUUGUUCAUUGAGGAAGCGAAAAGGAUUGCAGAAAGAGAGGGUAUUGUUUUCAUUGAUGAAAUUGACAAAAUUUGUGGAGAUCCCAACCAAAAGAGAAGCUCAGCUGAUGCAUCUGGUGAAGGAGUUCAAAAGGAUUUGCUGCCCCUUCUUGAAGGUUGUGAAAUUCAAACCAAAUAUGGAGCCUUCAAAACCGAUCAUGUACUAUUCAUCGCUAGCGGAGCAUUUCAUGAUAAAAAACCUUCAGAUCUCAUGUCAGAAUUACAAGGAAGAUUACCAGUGAGAGUCACCCUCAAUUCUCUCAAUACAAAAGAAGAGCUGUAUCAAGUAUUGACAAUUCCAGAAUUCAAUUUAAUACGCCAACAUGUGUCGCUAUUUGAGACAGAGGGAGUGAGAAUGAACAUCACAGAUGAAGCAAUCAAAGAAAUUGCUGCAUUUUCAGCAAAUUGUAACUCUAGUGUACAAAAUCUUGGUGCUCGUAGACUCAUUGGCAUUAUCGACAAGUGUCUGGAAGAACUCUCCUUCAUUAUUCCUGACCUUGUGAAAUCAGAUAGAGCUACGAUCGAGAGAGAAUUCAACAAGAUUGGCCUGAAAGAUAGCUAUCAAAUUAUUCCAACAACAUCAAAUGACGGAGAACGUAAUAAUAGCCAGCACAUGAUCGAAAUUACCAUCAAUGCACCAUUUGUCAAGGCCAUGAUUGAAUCGAGUCCAUUAUUUGCGAAAAUGGAUGUGAGAAAAUUCACAAUAUAA